AUGGCCAGACAGCAGACCCAGAGAGGACAGAGGAGCAGCACCGAUGGCCAGGAGCCCAAAACCGACGAGAAGCUGCGGCGAUGGCUAGACGAAGCAGCGGCAGUGGCCAAGACCCAGGAGGACCGAUCGAGGACCCUACGUGGCUUUCCGAACCUCCCAAACUCCUGUCUACGUGAAUCUGAACGACGCCCUAACGAACGACGCCCUUUCGACCGAGAACGUCGCACCACCCCGGAUUCCGACCUCUCCGACGAUUAUCGUCACCGCCGCCGAAGCCCCAGCUAUGACUCAUACGACCGCAGUAGAGACCGCUGCCGUGAUCGCCACCGACCCGAGUCGUCCAAACGUAAAAGCCCCAAGUGCGUCACCACCAACGAAGGACAUCCUAACGGCGACGCACUUCCAAAGAACUUCGGCCGCCAGAACGGUGGCUUGUUUCACAACCGCGACCGUCGCAAUGGUGACUGGCGACGGCGCUUCGAUUCCGAGUCCGACGAGGAACUGAAGGGAUUGCCGUUCGAAGAGUAUCGGAGGCUGAAGAGGCAGAAGAUGCGGAAGUCGCUGAGGCACUGUAUCUGGAACAUCACGUUGAGCCCUCCUAGGCGCGAGAACGAACAAGAAUCAGAGGAAGAAAAAGCAGAAGAGAUUAAUGAAAAAUAUGGUAUUGAAAAUAACGAUUCGAGCGACAAAGAGAUCAAACAUUACGAAAAAUCAAAAUCUGAAUCCAAUUUGGAGAGUUCUUCGGAGUCUGAAUCGGAAUCUGACGGUUCGCGCUCGAGGAGAAAGAGAAGAAAGAGUUCUGGUUCCAAGCGCAGUAGACGAAAGUCGAAUAGCGAUAACGAAUCUGAUGAGAGUGAAUCUGAAUCUGACGAUUCAAUUUCAAGGAGGAAGAGAAGAAGGAGUUCCAAAUCGAAGGGUCGGAGAAGGAGAAAAGUUGAUAGUGAUGUUGAAUCGGAGGAAAGCGAUACUGAAGAAGAGGAGCGCAAAAAUAGGAAGGAUAAGAGGAAGAGUGGUAAGAGAAGAGGGAGCAGAAAGAAGAGAAACUAUAACGAAUCUGAUGAGAGUGAAGAGAGUGAAAGCAAUUAUUCUUCCGAUGGUAGCAGCAGGAGAAAGAAGAAGCAUUCUUCGCUGUCGAAGGUAAGCAGAAGAGAAAGAAGCAAAAAAUCUGAAUUAGAAAGCGAGGGUUCUGAGUCAGAAGAGGAAAAGGAUUCUGCUGAUGCAAAGAACAAAGCAACAGUGAAAGAGGUGAUGAAAAUAGAGGUGAACCCCGAGGCUUUGAAAUUGAAGGAACUCUUUGAAUCUCAGAAGACACCAGCUUUAGAUAACGAACCUGCAGUAGGGCCAAUGCCCUUGCCAAGGGCAGCGGGUCACAUAAGUUAUGGUGGUGCCCUUAGACCGGGAGAAGGUGAUGCAAUCGCGCAGUAUGUGCAGCAGGGGAAGCGUAUCCCAUAAAGAGGUGAAGUCGGUCUUUCAGCUGAGGAGAUUCAGAAGUUUGAGAGCCUUGGUUAUGUCAUGAGUGGUAGCAGGCAUCAGAGGAUGAAUGCCAUUCGUAUUAGGAAGGAGAACCAGGUUUAUAGUGCUGAGGAUAAGCGUGCUUUGGCUAUGUUUAACUAUGAGGAAAAGGCCAAGAGGGAGCACAAGGUUAUGGCUGAUCCACGUAGAUAGGGUUUUGGGAGGUUCG